CAUUAUAAUGAUAAUCCAAAUAAACCUGUCCUGUCAUAAUCAUUGAUUUAAGCGGCAACAGGUGACUUGACGUCACGGUCAUGUACAAAAUCAAAACAUUCUGUCAGAAAUCGACUGUUUAGAUAAAUAUAGAAAUGGCAACACAAUCACAGGUGUUGUUUGAAAAAGAUAGUGUUUUCAUCCAUGUUAAUGUAAAUUCACAUCAUUCAGACAAAGAUGCACACAUUCCAGGAAAGGUGUUUAUAAUACAAAAGCCUGAAGGAACAUUUAUAGAAUGGAAAGCAGAAGAGAUACUACAGGUAGAUGGUCAGCAUGAACAAGAAUGGGCUGUUAUAGGUUCCUCUUUAUCUGUCGGCUAUAAACCAGAUACAGGGUCAGGAUCAGAUGUUCCUACAAAAGAAGAGGCAAGAAGAAAGUAUAAUAUAAGUUUUGAUAUCUUGGAUUUAAAAAGUUUCAAGAGGAAUGCACCAAACCAUGGCUGGGCCUAUGUGAUAUUUAUACUGAAGGAUGGGACCACAUAUCCAGCGUUACAUUUCCAUAGUGGAGGUAGUAAAGCCAUGCUACAAUUCUUAGGGAAAACUCUUCACAUUCAGAGGUCACCAAAGGAUAACAGAUUAUUCAUUGUGCAGGAACACGAUCCUGAUAUGCUGUCCAAGUCCUUCGAUGAACUCAAUCUGUUUGCUGACUCUCAAGGAGACCUUGUAACUAAAUUUAUUAAAGAUCCCUACACAACAUCCUUAGCAGGAUUUUCCAAGGUUACAAAUUUCCUGAAAGAUGUGUUGUUACAACCUGAUGCCCAGAUCCCUAGACAGCGGGAGGAGGUAGCAGAUAUCCUCAGCGAGGACAUUCCUGGAAUGGAAAUAAGUAACCAGGACGAACCAGGAUAUGAGUUAAUAACAAAGACAAAAUUACCCAGCAGACCUUCAGUAUCCAGAGGUACUCCACUUACAGGAGAGCAAUGGUCUAAACAUAUGGAUAGUGAUGGCAAAAUAAAAGAUAUAGAUAAAUUGAAAGAUGUUAUAUUUAGAGGGGGAGUUGAUCCAGCUUUAAGAAUAGAUGUAUGGAAAUUCUUGUUAGGUUAUUAUAAUUGGCAGUCAACAUAUAAAACUAGAACAGACGAAAGGAAAAGAAGGGUAGAUGAUUACUUUAGAAUGAAGUUACAGUGGAAAACUAUAACUGCUGAACAAGAAAAAAGAUUUGCAAUGUUAAGAGAGAGGAAAUGUCUUAUUGAGAAAGAUGUAACAAGGACAGACAGAACACACAAGUUUUUUGGGGGAGAAUGUAAUCCUAAUCUACAAGUAUUAAAUGAUAUUCUGAUGACAUACUGUAUGUACAACUUUGAUUUAGGUUAUGUACAAGGAAUGAGUGAUUUACUGUCACCAGUACUGGUUGUCAUGGAGAAUGAAGUAGAUGCUUUUUGGUGCUUUGCUGGAUUAAUGGAACGAGUGUGUAACAAUUUUGAAAUGGACCAAGGUGGAAUGAAGCAUCAGCUGGCUCAAAUACACAAACUGAUGCAGCAUACAGACCCAGAAUUAUGUAGUUAUCUAGAGAGCCAUGAUUCUGGUAACUUUUAUUUCUGUUUUCGGUGGAUAUUGAUAUUAUUUAAACGAGAAUUUUCUUUUCCUGAUGUUCAGAGAUUAUGGGAGGUUCUUUGGACAGACAGACCUUGCCAGAAUUUUCAUCUUAUUAUUUGCUUAGCCAUACUUGAUACAGAAAAAUCUACACUCAUAGAAAACAAAUUUGGUUUUACUGAAAUUUUAAAGCAUAUAAAUGAUAUGACAGGUGCAAUACAUUUAGAAGAAACACUGAAGAAGGCAGAGUCUAUCUUUCUACAAUUAAAGGAGAGUAAAAAGUUACCUAACCAUCUGAAAGAAAUCCUCGGAUUUGAAGUGUCACCUGAUAAUUCUGCAUCAAGUUCUAACAAAACAACACCAUCAAGUACCCCUGUGUUCCCUGAAGUAGUUCAGAGUGCAAGUCCAGUCAAAACAACUCCAGCAAGUACCCCAGUGUUCCCCCCAAUAGUGCCAAAACUAGAAUUAUCUGCACGUCUUUCAAGUAUUCAGACAAAUGGCCACAGUAAUCCAAGUUCAGGGAGUGGGACAGCUGUCAGUACACCAAACAAUGACAGUAGUAUUGAGAUAUUGUCAGACACUUGUGACACCGCUGUCAAUAACUUUUAUAACUGAUUGUUUUGAAAUUAACUUGCUUUUCAGAUGGGCUUUCAAUUGAAAGUUUAUGGUUGUUCUAGUCUUGUUUUUAAAAUUAGACCUACCUACUUUCAGACUAGUUGAUUAAGUAUAUGAAUAUCCCAUUAGAAAAUCACUGCUACAGUCAGUGUCUUUAGGAUUAAUAUUGGCAGAUGGAUUCAGAAAAAGUUUUAAAGGAAUUUCAUCAAGUUGGUAACAAAUCUGUUGAUAGGUUUUGACUUAUGAAUUAAGAUUAACAUCACAUGUAACUUUAAAGCUUUACUUGUAUAGACUAACUGCAAUCUAGAAGGAUGAAAAGAGUGCACUAUUAUGUAAUGGUGUCAUUUUUUUUUUCAAAUAUCAAAUAUUUUAUCUUUUCAGCAAACUACAUACCUCUUUGUAAUUGAUUUUUGUGUCUAGUCUGUUUUGUUUAAUAAAUAAUUAUACUGUAACUUAAAAUAUAACGAACUGUGAUAAAAAGAAAUUCAGAAUGAAGUGAGAUUACAGUAACUAUCUCUGGCAUAUAGUACUAUUUUUAUUGUAACUAUACACAGCUGGAAAAACAAGUUUCAAACAUUCUUUAGUAACUCUAUGGGAAAACAUUUUUUUAUAUUCUUUGUAUUUUGAUCAACUUUUGUAAAGCAUUGUACGCUUUGACUAUUUUAAAAGUUACCUUUAUAUUUGAUUUUAUAAUUUGCCAACCUUGGCAGUCAGCAAAUAUUUAUAUGCAAAAAACAUUGCAUGGGAACUGUUAUUGCGAACCCUAUGAAAGUUUGGCAGCAGUCCUUUUGCCCAAUUACUGUUUUUCAGGGGUAUCAUUUUGCCAAAUUUUGUUUUCCAAAUGUAUCAAUUGCGCCAAUAUUCGGAACUCACUUGUGCCAAUUUACCAGUACACAUAUCUAUCAUAAAUAUUCAUGAUUAAUAUAUAUUUAUUCUUAUUUUUGGCUUAAAAAGUAUCAUAUGUUUGGAGAUAUGAAGAUGAGCAUCUGCAGAGAAAUGACUUAAAAUGCAUAAGACAGUCAAUGUAUAUAGAGAGAAUAAAGUUUAUUGCUUUGCUGAAUAUUUGUUGCGAAUCCUAUGAUAGAUUUCCAAAAAUUUCACCUGCAAGUUACCUGUCGAUUUAAACUUUUGUAAGUUCUAUUGUCCCAUCUAACAAAUACAACAGGUAUUGUUCACUGUGUAGUUUAUUCACCAGGAUCUUUAAAUUUCUUCCAAGAGAAAUAUAUCACUCAUUGAUUAAUUUACCUGAACAAAAACUUAUCUUCUUUUUUAUUGAAAUACUUCUAUAAACUCACAUAAACUGUAUGCAAUAUUGUAUUUAUUCAAUAUAUCAUUAAUAUAUUUUCAAUCUGUUCAAUAUAAAAUCUGGUUUAAUAAUAAAAAGUUUAUUUCAGACACAUUUUUUAGUAUUUCCAAUGAAUUUGCAUGUUUUUGUUGUUGUUCAUUUAUAGACUUAUGUUUAUGAAGACCUUAAUUUAAAAAUAAUAAUAUUCAAAUUUUUAUUUUAAUAAAUAAAAAUUUGAAUAUUAUUAUUUUUAAAUUAACACACAAAAAUAUUAAAUAUUUAAUCAGAAAUCAACUUUUAAUUUUUGAAUCAGUAUUAAUAUUGAACACAUUAAAAACGAGUUAUUGGUAUUGAAUAAGGGAGCUACCAUUUGAUUUUUAUGGGGGGGCUAGGAUGAAAAAUUUGUCCUGCAUUUUUUUUUAGUUGUAAUCUCUGUCCUGCCUUUUUAUCCGGUCCUGUUUUGUUUUUUUUAGUUUAUCCUGACUUUUUUUACAAUAAUUGUCAUCCUGACUUUUUUUUUUGCAAGUGUCUCAUCCUGCCUUUUUUUUUAACUCAAAACUCCUGUCCUGCCUAUUUUUUUCAAAUUUCAUCCUAGCCCCCCCCCAUAAUAAUCAAAUGGUAGCUCCCUAAAUACAACACCACAUGCAGUUUUGUGAGUCCUUUCCAGGUAAAUUAAUCAAUGAGUGAAAGAUUUCUCCUAGAAGAAAUUUAAAGGUCCUGGUGAAUAAACUACACAGUGAACAAUACCUGUUGUAUUUGUUAGAUGGGACAAUAGAACUGCCAAAAGUUAAAAUCCAAAGGUAACUUGCAGGUGAAUCUAUGGAAAACUAUCAUAGGGUUCACAAUAAUACAAGAUAUGCCAAAAGAGAGGAAAAUAGAACUUUUAGUGAUUAUGUUUAUCCACAUAUGUUGAUGACACAGUGCUUUGUUCAAACCAUCCGUUUGGGCUGAAAUUGUCUACCACAAGACGUACCAGUAAUGGAGCAGAAUCAUUCCACAGGAAUUAUAAUUUAAAACUAUUUUAUGCAUUUUAAACUUCAAUGUUUGUGUUUUUGGACAAUAAUGUGAAGUUGCAAGCUACUACAUACAUUAAAUUGGGAAGUACCCAUGCAGCAGCAGUAAGAAGAAGAUCUGUUUCAGAAAAGGCAAACUUUACUGUGUAAACUGCCAGUUCUGGGUUCUGAAUAAAGGAGGACUGAGGGAAAUCAACAUGAUUCCUAGAUUUCAAACAAACAUUUGACAUAAAAACCCUAAAAAUGAUGAUAUUUAUAUUAAGGCCUUCUUAAAAGUAUUAUUUAACUUAACAAAAAAUGAAAAAUGAAAAUUUCAAUAGAAACAAUGCUUAAGUUUUUAAAAAAUCAACUUUUUAUGAUAAAAUUAGUGUUUAUUUUGAACAGAUUGAUUUUUUUUUACUAAUAUUGAAUAAACACGAAAUCACAUGCACUUUUAAUGGUAAACAUGUUAUUUCUAUCAAUUUAGCAGAAUUAUUUUUUACUUAACUAGAUUAAUCAAUGAGUGAUAGAUUUUUCUUAGAAGAAAUUUAAAAGUCCCAGUGAAUAAACUACACAGAGAACAAUACCUGUUGUAUUUGUUAGAUAAGACAAUAGAACUGCCAAAAGUUUAAAUGAACAGGUAACAAUCAGGUGAAUCUAUGGUAAACUUUCAUUGGAUUCGCAAUAAUUAUGAUAAUACUAACAAUAUUGACUUAAUUGUACUAUACACACAUUUCGAGAAAUGUCUCUCCAGUGAUGCUCAAGACUAUAAAUAUUGGAAAUCCAAAGCCUUAUACAAAUGUUGAUUAUCUGAUAAUACCAAAAAAGGACAAAAAAUAAAGUCAAACCCGGACAAUAAAUUUUUAACACUUGAUUCAAAUGUAGGUAUAUUUGCUCAAAACCUUUCACAAAUUGCAGUUCUCAAUGCUCUUCAGCUUUGUACUUACGGUAUCUUGGCUUCUCUGAUGAAUCUUUUGUCGGCGUAGUAAAAGUAUAAGUCAUUGUUUUUAUACGACUGCAAAAAUUGAUUUUUUUUUUGGUCAUAUAUUGGUAUCACGUUGACAUCGUUGUCCUAAGACAUUUGGUUUUCGCACUAUAACUUUAGUACAAGUGAAUAGAAAUCUAUGAAAUUUUAACACAAGGUUUUUGACCACAAAAGGAAAGUUGGGAUUGAUUUUGGGAGUUGAGGUACCAACAGUUAGGAAAAAAGGGGCCCAAAUAAGCAUUUUUCUUGGUUUUCGCACCAUAAUUUUAGUAUAAGUAAAUAGAAAUCUAUGAAAUUUAAACACAAGGUUUAUGACCAUAAAAGGAAGGUUGGGAUUGAUAUUGGGAGUUUUGGUCCCAAAAGUUUAGGAAUAAGGGACCCAAAGGGUCUAAAAUUAAACUUUGUUUGAUUUCAUCAAAAAUUGAAUAAUUGGGGUUCUUUGAUAUGCCAAAUCUAACUGUGUAUGUAGAUUCUUAAUUUUUGGUCCCGUUUUCAAAUUGGUCUACAUUAAGGUCCAAAGGGUCCAAAAUUAAACUUAGUUUGAUUUUAACAAAAAUUGAAUUCAUGGGGUUCUUUGAUAUGCUGAAUCUAAAUAUGUACUUAGAUUUUUUAUUAUUGGCCCAGUUUUCAAGAUGGUCCAAAUCAGGAUCCAAAAUUAUUAUAUUUAGUAUUGUGCAAUAAGUAAGAAAUUUUCAAUUGCACAGUAUUCAGCAAUAGCAAGAAAUCUUCAAUUGCACAGUAUUGUGCAAUAGCAAGAAAUUUUCAAUUGCACAGUAUUGCGCAAAAGCAAGAAAUAUCUAAUCACACAAUAUUGCGCAAUAGCAAAAAAAUUUCAAUUGGAGUUAUCUUUCUUUGUCCAGGAUAGUAGUUGAAUCAACUUAAAUCAUUGUUUUAUACAAUGUAUAUUCACUUUUACUACCAACUGAUAAAUUAAAACAAUCUUUGACAUUCAUUUUUUUUACAUUUUAAUAUUUUAUGAUGUAUUUAAAUGAGUAGUUAUUGUUGCAACCUCCAUAAGAAAUUUGAAUUGAGAUCAGUUUUGGAAUAAGGGAAAGGGUGAUGUGAAAUUUUAAGUUCAUUAGACCACAAUUCAUUCUGUUUCAGAAACUUAUACUGUGUCAACUGUUUAAUCACAAUCCAAAUUUAGAGCUGAAUCCAGCUUGAAUGUUGUGUCCAUACUUGCCCCAGUUGUUCAGGGUUCAAACUCUUCAGUCUUAUAAAGAUGCUCUGUGGAGCAUCUGGUUUUAGCAUUAGAUUGAACUACUUUGAUUUAGUCAACUUCUUGUUUCUUGGGGAUCAAUGAGAAGAUUCAGAAAAAGUUAGAGUUGUUUGUUUACUCUCUUGUUCUCAAAAAUAAUAUGAUCAGUUUGUUGAUUCCUGUCAAUCUCUUAUGUUUCUUUUUUUCUCAUCUAAAACUGGUUAAACUUUAUAAUCAUGUUAAUUGAAUAUUUAAUUAAAAAAGUAAUGUUGAAUUUAUUUAUUCAAUGUAAAUAAUCUGUGAGAAGAUAUAUGAAUUAUGUUUGCUUAUGUAAUCAUCUGUGAAAAGAUUUUUUUUUUAUCAGUUUUUCCAAAAUAUGCUCAAUUCUAAUCAUUUGUUUAACAUACUCACACACUACUUUAUUAUUUUCUUGUCCCACCAACCAGUCUAAACAAAAAUGAUUAUGUUUUUCAUCUGUGAUAUCGUAUAUAGAAACACAUUGAGUAUGAUAAUUUGUGAAUCUUAUAGUAGAUAUUGAUAAUUUGAUAGUGGUUUCAGUGACAAAAAAAAAUAAUUUGACUUAUUUAUUAAAUGCAUUUAGUCUUGAACAGUUUGGAAUAAAGAUUUACCAUAAUUCUAUUUUUAUGCCCCACCUAAGAUAGUAGAGGGGCAUUAUGUUUUCUGGUUUGUGCGUCCGUUCGUCCGUCUGUCUGUCCCGCUUCAGGUUAAAGUUUUUGGUCAAGAUAGUUUUUGAUGAAGUUGAAGUCCAAUCAACUUGAAACUUAAUACACAUGUUCCUUAUUAUAUGAUCUUUCUAAUUUUUAAACCAAAUUAAACUUUUGACCCAAAUUUCACGGUCCACUGAACAUAGAAAAUGAAAGUGCAUGUUUCAGGUUAAAGUUUUUGGUCAAGGUAGUUUUUGAUGAAGUUGAAGUCCAAUCAACUUGAAACUUAGUACACAUGUUCCUUAUGAUAUCAUCUUUCUAAUUUUAAUGCCUAUUUAUAUUUUUUAUCCAAUUUCAUGGUAAAUUGAACAUGGAAAAUGAUAGUGCAAGUGGGGCAUCCAUGUACUUUGGACACAUUCUUGUUUUGUAUACAAUUUUAAAUUUUGUUUCAAUUCAUGAAAGAUGCUGCUGUAAAUUAAAGUUGAUCAUCUUCCAUUUUUCCAAAGAUCAAGUGCAAUAUUUAAUUUUAGGCUAAUACUAUUAUUAGGUAGUAGCAGUUGUUGUCAAUACUAUGCAUUUACUAAUACCCUCAUGGAUCUUACCAUAUGGAAAAAUUUAGAAAACAAUAUGUUGUACAAUGUAACUUACAAAGUGUUUAAUGUUUUCUUUUUUGUUUUAUAACUGGUUAUUGACAAGUAGAGAACAUCAAGCACUUCCUGCUAGGAUGCCAAAAUUAUAGAUUCAUUAGCACACAAACCACAUACAUGCUUCUUUUGUAGUAUUUUCCAUUUCAUCUUGAAAAUCAAUUCUUUUGUAUUUAAAGGUAUCUUUAUUGCAACAAUAUGGUGUGAUCUAUUAUAAAGUGCUAUUGAGAUAUUUGUUAUUUUGGUUUGAUGUGUUUUGAAUGGGUGUAAGUAAUGCCUCCUUUUUGUUCUUAAAGUUUUUUACUAACUGUAUAAAUAUAUUAUUGCAAACAACCUUACAUUAUUAAUGAAUAUAUAAUAAGAUAAGGGUUGUGCCAAAGGUCAGGACAGAAGUGAUCUCUAAUUUCUCAGUUAGUCCUAUAGAUCAGGGUCAUGUACUUGAUGACAGUUCUGUAUCUGUUGAGAAUUUUGAAAAUGACCUUAUUUUGGUAAUCUAUACUGUCUUGAUAAUUAAUCUGAUACCUUUUGGUCAUUUGUAGUGUUUUCUAUUUUGUGUAUUAUAACAGUGUUGAUUUUACUUUGAAUAUUGGAUGGCAAAUGUUCAAGCUCACUCAUCAUUGUACAUAUUAGAUAUACUUUUUUUGUAAAUCAAAGUUGAAUUUGAACUCUUAUAAUCAGAAUUUAUUGAUUUUAAUUUUUUAAUCAGCAUUAAUUUAUUUGAAAUAAGUCUUCAUGAAUAUUGAUGACUUGUCACAUAUAUAUAACAUUCCUAAGUAUAGUAUAUCACAUACACAUGUGUUGUGAAGUUAAUCUAUCAUUGUUGUUGUUGCUUUUAUUUACAGUUUUCAAUUUGUUUUAGUAUUUAUUAUGUGUACAUACAUGUAAAUAUGACUUAAAUAUUAAUGGUGAGUUUCUGAUGGAAACAUAAAUGUGCUUUUUGAUAGCUAUAUAUAUAGUGAACAACAUUCAGGUUUGAGAGAUUGAUGGAUUUCUGAUUAGGAAAUGUGACCAACCCAAAGAUAGAAGAAAGUAGAUAGUUUUAAAGUAGAAUUGAUUGGAAUUUAGAUACAGCUUUAUAUGGGUAUAAUUUUUGUUUGAUUUCUUUCAGGGCAGAGGAUUUAAAAGGAAGAUUUUUUUUCUUUCUCCUAAUACCCUUCAGUCUGUACAUAAAAUAAUAUUAAGAAUUAAAAGAAAAAGUCUAUGAAGUUGUUGGGAAAAAAUCGUUAUUUGCACUGGUAGUUUCUGAUAAAAUUCCAUAAUUUAUAAAAGUAAUUUAAAAUCAAAAAAAAUACCGGUAUGUUUUUUGGUUCUAUCAAAAGUAUUGAUUUAAAACCGAGUCUAAAGGAAAAAUAAUGUAUUAAUAUUUUUUUAAAUGUCCCUUUAUAUUUUUGGGGGCAUUUCUUUCAGAAUUCAGUAACUUAUUCAUUGUUAUAUUUUUAACCGUGUUGAUAUAGAAGCUGUGAUUAUAUAUUUAUGUAGACCAACCAUGUUAAAGAUUGCUUAUUUGUGAGUAUGAGAGUUUUAUGGCUGAUAUAUAUGGUUGUUUUGUAUUGAACUGGCAUUUUUAUGAAACUGAAACAAAUAAAAAUCUAAGAUAU